AUUGUGUUUCUAUAAAUAUGGCGGCUGCUAAUUCGUAUGUUCAAGAUGACACGGGUACUUACAUACCUGCUACCCAAAGACCUGAUGGCAGUUGGAGAAAAGCAAGAAGGGUAAAAGAUGGCUAUAUUCCUCAAGAAGAAAUGCCUCUAUAUGAAAGCAAAGGCAAGCAGUGGGCUAAAAGUAAACCAACAUAUCCUAUUGGUCUGGACCCAAAAUACCUCGAGCCUGCAAAGAGUACGUCUCAAAAGAUUCCUGGACUGUCUUUAACAGAAACGGAAGUAGCUUCUAAAUCUUCAAAGAAGAAAAAGAAAAAGAAGAACGACAGUCAAAAAAUAGACAAUCUUUCUAACAAUGUGGCAAAUAUAGACUUAUCAUCAAAAGCCUUAAAUGAUUUAAAUUCUGAAAAUUCCACUAAAAAUUCUCAGCCGGUUGCUACCGACCCUGCAAAACGAUUACGGAAUUUAAAGAAAAAGUUAAGAGACAUAAAUGCAUUGAAGGUUAAAAUUGAAUCUGGUGAGUUAGCAAAUCCUGAAAAAGAUCAGUUGGAUAAAGUCGCUAGAAAAGGAGAAAUUGAAGCGGAAAUAGAAGAAUUGGAAUUAGAACUUGAAAUUUCAUGAUUAUUAUGGCUGGAAUUGUUUAGAGAUGAUAUAAAUUCAUUUUCUGUUUGUUACAUUUGCCAUCUCUGAGGUACUCAUGCUUAAAAAAAAAUCUCUCAGAAAAGUUUCUUUUAUUUUAUGUGACAAAGUAAAAAAACCACUCAAUUCAUUACAUUUGAUAAAUUUUUAUUAAUAACCUGUGUUUUCCUUUUAGGAAAUAAAAAAUUGUUUUCUUAGAUUUGGUCAUGUGGUUCGACUAAUUGUAGAAACUGCUUAUUACAUAACAAAACAUAGUUACAUAAUGAACGCACUCAAUUGAUAUACAAUAGACCCUCCUUUACAUGGAUUU